CGCGCUCCGGCACGCAACAUUAAAUACAACUACGGGCUGACUCGACCGCGUUUGUCCUUGACCACCUACUAACCACCUCCACCACAACGCUUAACCCCAGACUAUACAGCACAGAUACAGAUAUGUCGUCAGCGACCGUCACCUCCUCUGAGCCGGGUGUGCUCGCGUCUGCGCAGUACGGCAAGGACCUCGUGCGCGUGCUACGCGUCGUGAGGGAUGGAAAGUUCCACCACGUCGUCGAGUACAACGUGUGUGUGCUGCUCGAGGGCGAUAUCGCGUCCAGCUAUACGCAGGCGGACAAUUCGGUGGUCGUUGCUACUGAUUCCAUGAAGAACAUCACGUACUAUCUCGCCAAGGUCUCACCGCACAUUCUCCACCCUGAACACUUUGCGCUGCACCUUGGCACGCACAUCGUCUCCAAGUACGCGCACAUCCAUCGCGCGUUCGUGGACGUCGAACAGCUCCGGUGGUCUCGCAUCCCCAUCGCCUCUGAUACGGUCGAGGGGCAGACGGCGCCGCACCCGCACGCGUUCUGGCGGGACGGCGGGGAGAAGCGGAUUGUCAAGGUCGAGGUCGAUGCCUCCGCAGGCAAGGACAAGCUCGUGGGGCGUGUGAGCGCCGGGCUGGUCGAUCUCCUCGUCCUCAAAUCUACGGGCUCGGCUUUCACGGGCUUCGUCCGGGACGAAUACACGACGCUCACGGAGGUGGACGACCGCAUCUUCUCGACAUCCGUCGACCUCUCGUACACAUUCGCCCCCAUCUCGCUGGCUGCACCUGCAGACGACAAGAAUCUCGCGUUCGAUGUGCCCAAGGAGCUCGCAGAAGGCGAUAAAGGUGGGGUCUGGGACGCAGAUAAGGUCUCUGAGCGCGCUCGGACGGCGACGCUAGAUAUCUUUGCAAAGGACGAGAGCGCGAGUGUGCAGGCGACGCUGUACAAGAUGGGGCAGCGCGUGAUUGCGGAGAACGCGGGCGUGCAGAGCGUGUCGUACAAGCUGCCCAACAAGCACUACGUCCCCGUCGACAUGCGUUAUCUGGGCGUGGACAAUCUGACACUAGCCCAGGCGGAGGUGUUUGUCCCUCUGACGGCGCCGAGCGGUUUGAUCGCUGCCACAAUAGCACGCAAAUAGGCGUCAACACACUAUGUCAUCUGUCAUUGUCUUGACGACAGGUGCAAGUCGCUCGUUUUUCGUGUGUUUUUCUGCGAGGAAAGAGGUGUAGGAUAAGAGAAAUACGGUGUAUGUCGAGCAGCAAAGUGUGUGGAGGGAGAGGGAGAAUGACAUCACAGAUCGGCAUCUAGCGGGAUCUGUAGAUUUUGGGGUGUGAGUCCUGGAUU